AAACGACCUAGUGCACAAUUCUCUCCAAGUGAACAACAUCGUUAAGAUUGCAUAAGCCAUGCUUUAUUUGCUAUCCGACAUAACUAUGACAUUUGGAUCUUAAAAGGGAUUAAUGAUCAUAUUUCGGAUGGUAGAGUCUUCUCGUUCUUUUUCGUCUAUUUUAUACAGACGGCAGAGUGAUUGCAGCUGAUGGGCAUUUUUGGUCUGUAGUUCGUUGCUUAUCGAGAAAGUGCACGUUGGUUUGGUGGUCUAGCGUUGGGAAGAUGUAAGGAUCAACAAGCUAUUUUGCCCAGCGGCUUCGGAACCAAAAUGCAGAAAGGAAUGCGUCUCAAUGAUGGCCAUGUCACCUACCUGGGUCUUUUGGCAAAGAAGGAUGGCACGAGGCGAGGCUGUUUGAGCAAAAAGAGCUCAGACAACACAAAAUGGCACACGAAGUGGUUCGCUUUGCUGCAGAACAUGCUGUUUUAUUUUGAGAAUGAUUCCAGCUCGCGGCCCUCGGGAUUAUACCUGUUGGAGGGUUGCGUGUGUGACCGGUCACCAUCACCCAAACCCUCUCUAUCAGCCAAGGAAUGUUUGGAAAAACAGUAUUACUUCACCGUCAACUUCAACCACGACAACCAGAAGGCCCUGGAGCUGCGGACGGAGGACGUGAAGGACUGCGACGAAUGGGUGGCAGCAAUAACACAUGCCAGUUACAGGAACCUGGCCACGGAACACGAGACCCUCAUGCAGAAGUAUCUCCACCUCCUCCAAAUCGUGGAGACAGAGAAAACAGUUGCUAAGCAACUUCGACAACAGAUUGAGGAUGGGGAAAUAGAGAUUGAGCGCCUAAAAUCGGAGAUUGCAGGACUGCUGAAAGACAAUGAGAAGAUCCAGUCCAACCCGACGGUGCCACCCAGCGAAGAUGACUCAGAAAUCAAGAAGAUUAAAAAAGUGCAGAGCUUCCUGCGAGGCUGGAUGUGCCGCAGGAAGUGGAAGACCAUCAUCCAGGACUACAUCCGCUCGCCGCACGCGGAGAGCAUGCGCAAACGCAACCAGGUGGUGUUCAGCAUGCUGGAGGCGGAGGCCGAGUACGUGCAGCAGCUGCACAUCCUGGUCAACAACUUUCUGCGGCCGCUGCGCAUGGCUGCCAGCUCCAAGAAGCCUCCCAUCACCCACGACGACGUCAGCAGCAUAUUUCUCAAUAGUGAAACCAUCAUGUUCCUGCACCAGAUAUUCUACCAGGGGCUAAAGGCGAGGAUAGCGAGCUGGCCAACGCUAGUGCUGGCUGACCUCUUUGACAUCCUGCUGCCAAUGCUGAACAUCUACCAGGAGUUUGUGCGAAACCACCAGUACAGCCUCCAGAUCCUAGCCCAUUGCAAGCAAAAUCGAGAUUUCGACAAGCUGCUGAAGCAGUACGAGGCCAAGCCAGACUGUGAAGAGCGGACCCUGGAGACCUUUCUCACCUACCCCAUGUUCCAGAUCCCACGCUACAUCUUGACCCUCCACGAGCUGCUCGCCCACACACCCCAUGAGCAUGUGGAAAGGAACAGCCUGGACUACGCCAAGUCCAAACUGGAGGAGCUGUCCAGGAUCAUGCAUGACGAGGUCAGCGAGACGGAGAAUAUCAGGAAGAACCUGGCCAUCGAGCGCAUGAUUGUGGAAGGGUGCGAGGUUCUGCUGGACACCAGCCAGACAUUCGUCAGACAAGGAUCUCUCAUCCAGGUCCCGAUGAGCGAGAAGGGCAAGAUAACACGCGGCCGGCUCGGCUCACUGUCCCUGAAGAAGGAGGGAGAGAGGCAGUGCUUCCUCUUCUCCAAGCACCUGAUCAUCUGCACCAGAGGCUCAGGGGGCAAGCUGCACCUCACCAAGAAUGGGGUUGUCUCACUCAUUGACUGCACAUUAAUGGAGGAACCAGAGGGGACAGACGAGGAGUCAAAAUCUGACAAGAGCGGACAGGACAUGGAGCACCUGGACUUUAAGGUUGUGGUGGAGCCGAAAGACAGCCAGUCCUUCACCAUCAUCCUGGUGGCGUCGUCGCGGCAGGAAAAGUCGGCUUGGACGAGCGACAUCAGCCAGUGCAUAGACAACAUCCGCUGCAAUGGCCUGAUGAUGAAUGCCUUUGAGGAAAACUCCAAAGUCACAGUGCCACAGAUGAUCAAGUCGGACGCCAGCCUGUACUGCGAUGACGUGGACAUCCGCUUCAGCAAGAUGAUGAACUCGUGCAAAGUGCUGCAGAUCCGCUACGCCAGCGUGGAGCGUCUGCUGGAGCGGCUGACCGACCUCCGCUUCCUGUCCAUCGACUUCCUCAACACCUUCCUGCACUCCUACAGGGUGUUCACCAGCGCCGACGUGGUGCUGGACAAACUCAUCACCAUCUACAAGAAGCCCAUCAGCGCCAUCCCGGCCCGAUCCCUGGAGCUGUUCUUUGCCAGCAGCCAGAACAACAAACUCCUGUAUGGGGAGCCCCCCAAGUCACCCCGGGCCAGCCGCAAAUUCUCAUCCCCGCCCCCACUCUCCAUCACCAAGUCCUCAUCCCCGAACCGCCGACGCAAGCUCUCUCUCAACAUCCCCAUCAUCACGGGGGGCAAGGCCCUGGACCUGGCCGCUCUCGGCUGCUCCCCCAACGGCUAUGCAACCAUGUACUCCACCAUGUCCCCCUUCAGCAAGACCACGCUGGACAUCAACAAGCUCUACGUGUCCAGUACCAUGGCCAACAAGAUCCCUGACGAGGCUGAGAGCAAGACGGACAGGCCGGAGGAGGCCUCGCAGUGUAAGCAAGACAUGUCAGUGAGAGAGGAGUGUGACAACGACCAAACCCAGAGCGACGAGGCCGAGACAGAGACAUCGCCCACCAAGUCUCCCACCACCCCGAAAAAUGUCAAAUGCAAAAACUCUUCAGAGUUCUCCCUCUUCUCCUAUAACAACGGCAUGGUGGUGUCCUCCUGCCGGGAGCUUGACAACACCCGCAGCGCCCUUUCCGCCGCCUCCGCCUUCGCCAUCGCCACGGCGGGCGCUAACGAGGGCACGCCCACCAAGGAGAAGUACCGCCGCAUGUCGUUAGCCAGCACGGGUGAGCCAGUGAGAGGACACGCCCCGAACCGCUCGCACAUACAUGACAACUGGUUUCCCACAGACCAGAGGAAUGGGGACAAAGAGUUCAUCAUCCGCAGAGCUGCGACUAACAGAGUCCUGAACGUCCUGCGGCACUGGGUGUCCAAGCACUCCCAGGACUUUGAGAGCAACACUGACCUGAAGAUGAAGGUGAUCAGUUUCCUGGAGGAGGUGAUCCACGACCCUGAGCUCCUGACUCAGGAGAGAAAAGCAGCCGCAAACAUCAUCAGAACCCUGACACAGGAGGACCCGGGCGACAAUCAGAUCACCCUGGAAGAGGUGAAACAGCUGGCGGAGGGUGGGAAGGCAGAACCAUUUGAGUCCCACUCCGCGCUGGAGAUUGCAGAGCAGCUGACCCUUCUGGACCACCUGGUGUUCAAAGUCAUCCCUUACGAGGAGUUCUUUGGUCAGGGCUGGAUGAAGAAUGACAAGAAUGAGAAGACCCCUUACAUAAUGAAAACAACCAAGCAUUUCAAUGAUAUAAGUAACCUGAUUGCCACGGAGAUCCUGAGGUGUGAUGACAUUAACACGCGGGUGGCGGUGAUGGAAAAAUGGGUGGCGGUGGCGGACAUCUGUCGCUGCCUCCACAACUACAACGCCGUGUUGGAGAUAACCUCCUCCCUGAACCGCAGCUCCGUGUUCCGUCUCAAGAAGACGUGGAUGAAGGUCUCUAAGCAGACCAAGACAGUGAUUGACAAGCUGCAGAAGCUGGUGUCAUCGGAGGGGAGGUUUAAGAACCUGAGAGAGGCUUUGAAGAACUGUGACCCGCCCUGCGUACCCUAUCUGGGGAUGUACUUGACUGACCUGGCUUUCAUUGAGGAGGGGACCCCCAAUUACACAGAGGACAACCUGGUCAACUUUUCCAAGAUGAGGAUGAUCUCUCACAUCAUCAGGGAGAUCAGACAGUUCCAGCAGACAGCCUACAAAAUCGAUCACCAGCCAAAGGUGGCACAGUACUUGCUGGACAAAAGCUAUGUGAUGGAUGAAGAAAGCCUCUAUGAAGCAUCUCUCAGAAUCGAACCCAAAACCUCUACCUGAAGAGGGCGCUGCUUUCUCCAAAGCCUCCAUGCUGUACAGACACUAUAUCAUAUGUACAUACCUCUAUUAUUUGUAUUAGAUCAUGUUAGACAUAUCCUACAAGUAUGUGUUUCUGAGAGAACUAGUGUAUCCUUGUUAUCCUUACUAGAAGUUAACUAGAAGCCUAAAAAAGCUUUUAUUUGUAUAGACAUGGAGAUUUUUGGAGACAAAUACAUGUAGAGGCUUAUUUGUUAUUUACUAUUGUUUAUGUCCGCAUAAUCAAGUUAUUUUCUACUAAAAUAAAACCUACAAGAAAAUGGAAAGACACCAACCACCACAGUUCUUACCACACCAUGCAGUGUUCAGACUCUUUAGAGUGCAAGUUGAUAUGUCAAAUUAUUUUAUAGAGUAAAAUCCUGCACUUCCAGUACGAUUCAACAACAGCAGAACAAGUUCUUAUUUGUGCCGGAGAUGUUAUUAUGUUUCUUUAUUUGCAUAUUUAUUUUCUUUAUGAGUUAGUGCAAAUGAUGUAGCAAUGCAAAGAGAAACAAGUAUUAAAGUAGAAAAAAACUAAUGUGGAUUUUCUAACUGAUCUCAUGUCAUCUCAGAAGCGACGUGCCAAGGCUUAAGAGAAUUCCGAGAUAAUAGCUGGAUAGUCUGCUUUCAGGUGAUGGAUUAGAGAAUCUUGAAAGGUGUAUUCCUUAUAAACACUUAAAACUGGCUAGAACCUUUAAUACCAGUAUUAAUAUUUAUAAAAUGUGUUGGAGGUGCAAGCUCCUCAGGAAUUUAACAACUUUUGGAUCCUACCAAGGAAAGUAGGGCUAUCAUAGCAAGUUUCAAAAGUGGUUAUCCCUUUGAUUUUGGCUUGUUGUUGGUGACAGGAAAAUAACUUAAAAACUUGUAGCAGUAAGAAAUUCUUGCUGAUCUGAGAUAGAUAGAGGGUUAGUUUAAAUGUUUACCAGUAUAUAAGCUAUCUGGAACAUGGUGACUCAAUUUUCCACCAGAAAAAGAAUCAGAGGCUGAAUGGGCAAGCUGAUAUUUAGUCAACAUAAUAGUCACCAUAUUCUUUUUCUUUGUGUAAGCUAUAAGACUUUUGCCUGCCUGACGUAAUCUUUAUAGGUGCUCUGCCCAUUAAUGACCAUAUUAAUUAUAAAAAUUUGUAUUUUGUUUGUUUUUAGAAGUUUAUGAUUUGGUUAUCAGUACGUUGAGAGACAACCUAUCACCCACAGUUGUUAAAUGGGACCAACAAUCCCUAAAUUCAGAAUACGAGAACUUUAAAGAUCAUUUUAGGUGACGAUGAGAUGCAGCAUUUCCUGUUUUGGCAAUAAAUGUGCUCACAGAAAAAAUAUUUUAGGUUGAAUCUGUAUUCUUCAAACAGAAAGGAGGGGUAAUGUACGUAGAAUUCACGCUUUUGAGCACGUUGUUGAAACUAACCUGUGUUACUUUGCUUAAAUUUUGAUAUGUGAAUGAAGGAUAUUUAUGUGUGGAGGUGCAGUAGGAUAAAUAAAAAGAUAAAGAUAAACACACCGAAACACAGUACACCUGGGCCAGACAAUACUAUUCCCCUACCUACAUUCAGAUAGGGCAUUGUUGAAAUUAAACCUAUUUUGUUCAUGGUGUUUAAGAGUCCGCGGAAAGUGGUUCAUGGUCACUAUGUCGCACGAGUUGUUAUUAAAGCAUAUUACGGAGGAAGAUGGAAAAACCCGAGACCUUCCGCGUGCACCAUCAUGAAGAUACAUGUGACGUGGCCUCAUAGUCUCAUAAAAAUACAUGAUAUACCGAAUCUGAGCCAACGUGGAGAACUGUAUUUUGUACGAACCUUGCCAAUUCACCUGACAGAAAUGUACACUGUAUAUUUUGUACAUGCAGCCUUAUAUAUCUCUUUAUGUGUAACAGUGUAAAGCACACCGUCUUUACAGCAUUAUAUCCUAAUAUGCUUACAAACCUAAAACGCUGGACAAUUUGUGAUAUUUAGAACCAUAAUAUAGAUCGUAGAGGACAACUAUAAAGUGUUUUGCAUAUACUGUAAUCCUGUCUAUAAUCACUCUCUUAGCAGGAAUAUAGUAAUGUAGUGCUUAUUCUGUGAAUAUUUGUAUGUAUUUUUACAAUGUACAGUACAGGCAUACAUUCAGUGCUCCAUUAACUGGCAUGCUCCACUGUAACAACAAGAAUCACCCAGCUAUGGUAUAAAAAUCUAUUUACAUAUACAUGCACAUACUCUUUUACAUAACACAUAUGUAACCAUAAGAACAGAUGUUUUGCCGUGAGCAAUACCCAAUGGUAUGAGAAUUAUCUUUCAAUCCUUAAGUUUAACUCCACAGCUUGAGAUAUUUCCAAUUUUGUAUAAAAAUGUAUGUUUCCUGAUUACCUCUUGCUAAUAAAUCUAUUCUAUC